GUAACAAAACGUAAAAUAAAUACUAGCUAUUAAAUAGCUGCUUCACACCGCGCAGUAGGUGUUUUGACUAUUUAACCAGAAGUGACAAGCGGUCACAUUAUUUGCGCCAAAACGAAUUCUACGCUUAACUGAAAAAAGUAAAUAUCUUAAGUUAUCAUUUAAAAAUAAAAGAAAGCUUCCGCGAUGGCCACAAAGCGUGUGCUGACGCCCAUUAAAGCGGAAAAUGGCAAUGCCGAAGUGACAUCUCCCAAUCCGCAGAAGAAAUUCAAGGAACAACUAGAAUUUCCAGCAGAUGAACUGGAGAAUAUUGAUUGGGGCGACAAUGAUGACUUCGAUUUGGAGGCGAUUGGAGCUUUGGAUUCGAUAAGCAACCACCGGUUGGACCUGAAGCAAUGGCAGCGAUGCCAGGUGGAGGAAAUGGAGCAACUGCCGAAAAAGCAGGGGAUCAAAAUACACGUUAAAAGGAUUUCUGGCGGGGAUCCGGAAACAGCUGUUUGCCAACUUCAUGCCCCUUGGAACAGCAUGCCAUUGGCCGUCGGGGAUACUGUCUCCCUGAUAGGCAAGUGGGAACCGUCUGCAGGAUGCUAUGUGGUCGAUAAGGAGCAGGGAUUCUGUGUCUCGCAGCCGGAUUUCCUUAUAUCCGGCACCACAGUCACCGGUUCUCUCUUUUGUAAGCGAAAAUCGGUGCUGCAGGAGCGGUUCCGGGGUCUGGAUUCUGGAAGUUCAGUAAUGGUCAUUGGCACUUUAGUCCAUGAGCUACUACAAAAAGUUCUCCGGCAAAAGCUGUCCGUCAAAGCACAUAUCCAAUCUGCACUGAAAGAGAUGUUGGCCAGCUCUUCUCUGGCCCAUUUACUCUAUGCCAGCAAUCUCAGCCAAGCGGAAAUGGAGACGCAGUUGUACAAAUUUGUCGAUCCCAUCGUCAGCUUUGUUUCCCAAUACGUAAAGGGUGAAACGCCGACUGUCCUACCGCCAGAAGUCUAUCGCGGACGCAUCCACGAGAUCCGUGAUAUAGAGGAGAAUCUUUGGGUGCCUCAACUGGGACUUAAGGGCAAGGUUGAUGUCUCUGUGAAGGUCAAGAAUCAACUGCGUAAGGAGGAGAUCAUACCACUGGAACUCAAGACUGGCCGAGCCAGCUUCUCCAUGGAACACAAGGGGCAACUGCUGCUCUACCAAUUGAUGCACUCCGCCCAGGGCAGAGACACUAAGUCGGGAUUGCUUCUGUACCUCAGAGAGGGUCUCUUACGAGAGGUUCCCAGCGGAAGAAACGAACAGAGGGAUCUCGUCAUGCUCAGGAAUGACCUGGCUCACUGGCUCACAAAGGAAAUUACCAUACCAGAUGGCAAGGAAGAUCCUUUGGAGCAAAUGCAGCUACCCGAGCCCGUUUACCAUCACAGCGCCUGCGGUAAUUGCCCGUACAGCACCAUCUGCUCUAGCUUUGCCGAAAGGGACGCGGAUUUACAACUAAGCGAAUCACAUCCCCUCAAGAAACUAAUGCCACAACUCUUGGGGCACCUAAAGGAGCCGGAUCACGCCUAUGUGCAGCACUGGUGUGGCUUGCUGGCUCUAGAGGAGCAGCACAAUCGUCAAUCCUCACACGCAAGAUCCUUUUGGACAGAGGAUCCUGUGAAGCGCGAAAAACAAGGCAGAGCCAUUGGUCAAUUGAAGCUAGUAAAGGGUCAAAAAGUGACUUUAGAUGAAGGACGCUAUCGUCAGAGCCUGGAGCUAGGUGAAGAAGCAGAUGCCAGCCGGGAUCUCAACCUCAGUGGGUUCGACUUGGGUGAAUAUGUGGUGAUCAGUUCUAGUUCCCGCCUAGCCAUUGCCUCUGGUUAUAUUGCAUCUAUAGAAGCACGACGUUUGGAUCUACGUCUGGAGCGAGAUCUUAGCCAGCUUUAUAGUCAGGAAACCUUCAUUAUGGACAAGCAUGAGUCCCAAAGUUUUGCAACUUUUAAUUUUACCAAUCUUGGAAUACUGCUAUCCGAGGGUGAGCGUUUCCAGGAGCUGAGAGAUAUUAUAGUGGCCAGGAAGCCACCAGAGCAGCACAAAGUUCUGCCCAAGAUCAUCCUAACCAAAGGAGCAACCUUGCUGCAGGACUUAAACAAAGUUCAAAGGGCUGCUGCGUUGCGGGCAUUGACCACCAGCAGUCACCUCUUGAUUAAGGGUCUUCCUGGGACUGGUAAGACCCAGACUUUGGUUUCCCUGGUCAGAUUGCUGCAUCUACUCGGAAAAAGUGUGCUCAUCACAGCCCAAACUCACUCGGCGGUGGAUAACCUUCUAAUGCGUUUGCUGCCUUUUGAUUUGCCCAUGAUGAGAUUGGGUUCUAGCUCUAGAAUUCAUGUCCAACUGGAGGAGAUUAGCGAGGAAAGGCUUACAAAAGACUGUAAGACAGUGGAGGAACUGGAGAAGGCCCUAGAAAAGCCUUCCAUUGUGGGAGUAACCUGUCUAGGAGCUGGACAUCCGCUCUUUCAGCGUCGCCAAUUCGACUAUUGCAUUGUGGAUGAAGCCACGCAGGUUCUGCAGCCCACUGUGCUGCGUCCAUUGAUGUACUGCAGCAAAUUCGUCCUCGUAGGAGAUCCAGAGCAGUUGCCACCAAUUGUUAGAUCCAAAGAAGCCCGUCAAAGGGGAGCUGAUGAGACUUUAUUCCAGAGAUUGGACUGCGAACAAGCCACUGCUGUCCUAAGCUUGCAAUAUCGCAUGAACAAGACCAUCACCCGGCUGGCCAAUGAACUGACUUAUGGCGGAGACCUAAAAUGUGCCUCGGACGAGGUUUCCGAUGCCAAAUUCCAAGUAGAGCUAUCAAACCAAGCACCCCGCUGGGUGCAGCGGUCUUUAACAACCCACUUGGAGCAGUCUGUUACGCUGAUAAAUACCGGAGAUUGCCUCGAACGUUGCCAGGAAUUCAUUCAGGCAUCCCAGCGCUUGGCGAAGACGUGCUCUUCUAUAGAGCAAUGUUUUGGCGAGGACAAAGAUGAAAAUAAGAAGCAAAACUCCAAAAAGAGAAUAUCGAAAUACACAAACUACUGUGAAGCGGGCAUAGUGAUGCACUUGCUCAGGCAUUUAUUAAAAUCCGGCUUCGAGGCCUCAAGGAUUGGCGUCAUAGCCCCCUAUCGCGCUCAAGUGGAGCUCCUCAAGAAGCUGGCCUUCAAACUGGAUCCCCAACUGGAAUGCAAUACAGUCGAUCAGUUUCAAGGCAGAGAUAAGAACUUAAUCAUAUACAGUUGUUCCAAGACAGGCGGUGAGGCUUUCGAUAUGGAACGCUCGCGGGAGGCCGAGAUUCUGGAGGAUCAGCGGCGUCUUACUGUGGCCAUUACCCGUGCCAAGAAUAAGCUCAUUGUGCUGGGCGAUAUAGAGUGCCUGGAGCAAUAUGGUCCAUUCCGCCGACUCUUUAAACACAUCCCGGACAGAUGUCGUCUUAAACUGGAGGAAGGUCGCAUGGAGUUUGCCUGGCAACGGGUACAAGAGGAUCUCACCAGCCUGUUGGAGAUCUAGGUAUUUGAUUUAAUUAUCUUUAUUACUUGUUUUUUUUUUGUGUUUAAAAUUGGUUUUUAGGUGAUUUAUUUUAAAUAGUAUUAUAAAUACCAAGCAUUUAGGUUUGAAAUAAU